UUUUUACUGCGCAAAGCAGAUGUCACUUAUUGUGACUUCGUGAGCUUUCAUAUUUAUCUAUUUAUGUAUAUUUCAUGGUGGCAAAACUUUCAUUACUAGUUUCAUUUUUACUAGUGACACGAAUUUGUGACUUUUUCACAAUAGAAUUUCACUCAAACAAGUGAAUCAGACACCACAGAAAUAUUACCAGUGUGUGUAUGAAUGAAUACAAAGAUAAGUACAUACUUUGAUUUAACUCUAGGAUGUCUCGUGGAUCAUUAAUAAAUAAAAACAAAAUAUCUGGAUAGGCUACUCUUUAGCCCGUUACCGGCUAUGGCUGCCAAAAGAGUCCCUCCGCCAAGUUUGUACCCCCCAUUUGGUGAUUGUUAGGUACGCCUAUUGAGAGUACAGAAAAAGGAAGAAUUGAGUUAGUGGAGAAGAUACAAUUGGUGGAAGAUUAAAGACAGUGGGAGCAUGGAGGAGGAGUGUACUUGGCAUAUCUCCCCCAGGCAAGAGUAUAGGAAGAAGAGGAUGUGGGUUGGUGGAGAAGGUGCAGUUGGUGGAAGAGGAAAGACUAGAUAGGAGUGUAUCUACCCGGCAACCCCCAACACACACACAGAGAUCCCCGCCUCGCCAGCGCAUCCGCCCGCCCGCAGCGCCGAUAGGAGUUUCUACAGCAUUUUCCUUUUCCUUAUCGGGCCGAGUUUCCUGGAGUGACGUGGACGACGCGGCUCUCCCACGUGGGAAGAAGCGGAGCAAGGCGAGUGAGAGUCAAUACCCGUUCAUUUCUGCGUUAAAUCUGGCGAAAGUGAAGCAGUGAAAGUGAAACAGCGAAUCGGGACCAAGAAAUAUGAAGAGAUUGUGUUUAUAGAUGAGCCAGGACGCAGACUUUAUAUACGUGUACCUACAUCGGUGAGUGGUAAAGUUAUUGAGGCACAGACUACAGUGAAUGCUGAAGAGGCUGCCGCUGGAAGGAAGACACCCACGCCUCGCCGUCUCAGGUCGUCACUCAUUCAUUGCUUCCCGUACUCCUCAGCACCAUUACUCAACAGCGACACACGGGGCUCACAAAACCGGCCUUGCUCUAAACAUGGGCUGGGACGAGGAAAUAAGUGCUUAGAGAAACCUCCACGUGUUAUUCCGUAAGGAUGCGAGGCGCCGGUGCUCCGUGGGCGUUGUUGGUGUGGGCGUGGAGUGCUCUCAUCACAGCCACACCCAUCACCGUUACACCCCUCCAGCCCCCCUUCCUACCCCCUCCUCGUCGUGAUGGCCCCGAGGCAAGCCAUACCCAUAGUCCCCACGCCCCUCGCCCACCCCUCCUAGGCGCCCAUGCCCCCCGCGGCCACGCCAGGAACCCUCUCGUGCGUGAUCACUUUCCUGUCAAGUGGAGGAAGAUCGCUGAGGAGCGCUCCCUCCACCCGGUCAACUUCACGGCUCUGGAGGUCACGCGAGAGCUUGAAGCAGAGACCUUCCUCGUGCAGGUGCUCAUCACCAAGGACUCCCUGCAGGUGCUUCGUGAUGACACAGUGGUAUACCACAAGGAUGGCUCCCCCACCGCCCUCAACUACCUCCCUCAUGCUGGUAUUCAUGUGGUCGUCUUACACCCGAGGCGAGGAGACGUGAUGCUUGCCCGCCAGUUUCUGACCCAUCAACCCUCAGAGCACAGGAACCUUGCCUCCUGCCUCGCCUCCCUCGCCCCCGGCAGAAUACUAGUGGUUGCAGCCGUGCCUGACGCAGUGGCAUUUCUUGGGCCAGAUGCCGUCACACAGCUUGAGGCAGUCGGGGCAUCCAGAAUCCGGAACCUGGCGGUACAUGAAGCCUGGGCGAUGGUCUCACACACUCCCACUCGUCUGCCUCCGGCAUCAGCAGGCAUCAGCGGAAGUAACAGUAGCAUGAACACCAACAACAAAGUCUCCCUGGGCCACACGUGGGGUGAGGCCGCAUCCAUCAUCAGGAGGCCGGGAAGGGAGACGAAUCCACUCAUCCUGAGGGCACACGUCCCCCAGACCUCAAGUGUGUGGUGCAAAUGGCACGAAGAUCCUGCCAUGGAGGAGCAGCGGCACUUCUGUGACACCUACGAAGGGUACCUGAGGCUGUGCACCUGCUGGGAUCCCAUCACCAAAGACCUCAGAUACAGUGCUCUACAGAUCGAGGUGAAGGAGGUCAUCCCUGUGGCCAUGCUGACAGCAGUGAAACCCUUCCACUUCUACAGACAGCUGCUCAACCUGCUGGAGACUCCUGGGGCUGCCCAGACACCCAUCCUGGUGAUGGUGGACGGCGCCCGUGAGGAGGUGAUGGGACUGGCACGGCUCUUUGGGCUGGACGUGUUGGUUCAUAGGCCUCAGGGUGCGGCAGGUUCCACCACCCUCCUCAACAUGCAUUUCAGGUUCUCUGUGCACAACGUCUUCAACUUCUUCCCUGAGGCAGACAAAGCCGUCAUCCUUGAGGACGACCUGCUUCUCUCCCCUGACUUCCUCUCGUUCUUCCAGCAGACAGCAUGGCUCCUGGAUGCUGAUCCAACCAUCUUUUGCGUGAAUGCCUUUUCAGUGAAUAGCUAUCCAACAGUGGCUGGGGACCCUCACAUUUUGCGGCGCUUGGAUAUGUUCCCUCAAUUUGGUUGGAUGGUGACCCGCCGCUGGGCGAGAGAACAGUAUGCUUACUGGAUCCCAGAGGAGCAUGGCGGGGACUGGGACUGGUGGCUGUCAUCCCAACACUCUCUGCAGGGGCGCCAUGCACUGGUGCCAGAGGUGGGGCGGACCUUUCAUGCAGGGGCGGCGGGGGCACAUGUGACAGGCUGGUUCCAGGAGCACUUCUUUUCUUACAUGAUAUUUAACCAAGACCCACAUGUCAAACUGCAAGGGUUAGAAGACCUCAUCCUGGACCGCUACAGGGCCAAGUUGAAGCGAGAAAUCCUGAAUGCAACGGACUUGGUGUUGAGAAAUGACUUCUGCAGUACAUCUGCUGGCCCUGUCAUCCCGCACGACUUGCCGGGUCCCUUCCGUGUCUUUGUGUGGUCCGAGAGCAAGGCCGACGAGUACGGCUCCUUUAUUGUGAUGCAGCAGUGCCUCAAUGCCUUCAUGGAUACCAGGGAGAUGUUUGAUGGUGUGGUGCGCUUCAACUUGGGUGGACGAGUGCUGUUCAUUGUGGGCUGCCCUGUCUCCCGCUACUGUGGGCUUUUCCAGCAAGGAACGACUCUACUCCGGCCCAGUCUCACCCUCAUGGAACGUGCUGAGGCUAAUGCCAUCCGCUGGCAGACCAGGAACUACCCUGCCUUUUUCCUGGUGAGGGGCCGCUCGCCAGCCAAUCCUCGCCAGGAAUUCCUUAUGGAAAACCUUUUUCUCAAUUACUUUAAUGGCACCUUGGUUAUGGCAAGGCCUGGUGAGGUAGACCAAAAAAAUAAAUUUAGCUUAUCUGCUGAUGGACUCGGCAGCUUUCACACAUAAAACUAUGAUAAAGUAUCUGUUCAGAAAUCACUUGUUAGUACUAUAUUGUUUGGGCAACCUGCAGCUUGCCCUGCUUAAAAGUGACACACACACACACACACACACACACACACACACACACACACACACACACACACACACACACACACACAAGGAAGGAAAGGCUGGAUAAUUGUAGAUAUGGAGAUGGGAUUAAUAGAGCUUAGCUCGGGCAUGGUAGACUACAAAUAGAUAAAUAGGUAAAUGCACACACACACACACACACACACACACACAUACACGCAGUUAUCACCCGCACUGCUUCGAACCCAUCUUAGUUCAAAAGGGCAGGCCUCUCACUCCCUGUUUCGAACCAGUCUCAGCUUGAGACUUGUCCCAACCACUGUUAUAAAUAUGAGGCCAAUCUCAAACUCAAAUCAGGCUCACCCUUCUCUUGACCCUCACAACACUAAGAACGAUCAGAUGACAAGAAGGUGAAUCAACCACAGCAGACCCAAGUGUUUUUUCGUGACUGUGUCAGACAUGGUGGCGUUCUUUUGCAUUUAUUUUUGUUUCAUAUUGUUAUUAGUUGUGUUUGAAUGAGUGUUGGGUGUAUGUGAGAUUUGUGUGUGAUUGAAAUUUAAUAUAUUUAUAUAAUUGUUCUGAUUUCUUUCUCUCAUUACUGAGAGGGAUGAACUAGAGGUGAAUGGAGGAAAACUGGAUGAGGUAGAACAUUUCUGUUAUUUGGGAAAUGUUCUGGACUGUGAGGCGGGAGUGGAGAGGACAAUGAGAGCGAGAGUGGCAGCAGUGUGGUUAAAGUGGAGGGAGGUGGCUAGUCUACUUGUGAAUUGUAGCAUCCCUCUAAAGAGCAGAGCAGGGGUGUACCAAGCGAGUAUUAGAUCAGUGAUGUUGUAUGGAGCAGAAACAUGGGCUCUAACUUGAAAAUUGAUGGAGAUAUUGAGAGCUAGUGAUUGCAGAAUGCUGAGGUAUAUGGCGGGGAUCAGGUGGGAAAACAGGCUGUCCAGUGCAGAUGUAGCUAACAGAUGUGGAGUAGAGGACCUGGAAACAGUGCUCAGAAGGGAAAGACUCUGAUGGUUUGGACAUAUAAAGAGAGCAGGGGAGGAUACAGUGCUGGGAAUUUUGGAGGGAUUGGAGGUAGAAGGAAGACCAGUUGGUAGACCUAGGAAAACGUGGAGAAGGUGUAUACAGGAAGAAUUGGCAUUGAUGGGAUUAGAUGAGCAGGGGCCUCACAUGGGGGGGGCAGGGAGGGGUAUAUGCCCGGGGGUGGCACUUUUAGGGGGUGCGGCAAUUCUAGCCUGGACCUGCCGCCCACAAGGCUGACAAAAUAAUAAUAAUAAAAAAAAAAGGUCAAAGAAGACCUGAAUAGUCUACCAUAAUCGACAAUUUUUGCAUUAAAAUCAACAAAAU